AUGUUUAUGACAAUAUAUCUAGUCGCACUGGCUUUCUUCCUGCUGUACAAAUUCUGGACAUCCAACUACAGCUACUGGAAAGACAGGGAUAUCCCUCACAUUCCUCCAGUCUUUCCGUUCGGAAGUUCCAGGGACCUCGCCCUUCAGAGAGGCUUUCAGGGAGAUAUUUGGUCUGAGCUGUAUCGAAAAUGUUCAUCUCAACCAUUCUUCGGAGUACAUAUAAUGAGAACUCCGUUCCUUGUUAUGAGAGAUCCUGAAAUGAUCCGAUUCGUGCUUGCAAGUUCGUUCUUCAACUUCCGCGACAGACAACCAUUUAAGAGAUCCCGAGAACCCCUCACCCAUCACUUGUUCAACUUGGAAGGAGAACAGUGGAGGGCAUUAAGGACGAAGCUCACUGCUACCUUCACUUCUGGCAAGUUGAGAGGGAUGUUUCCUUUGUUCCUCUCGUGCUCAGAGAGUUUGGACUCAAUUCUUCAGACAAAUGUUAACAAAGUAAUUGACGUAAAAGAUAUAACUGCUCGUUUUUCUACUGAUAUCAUCGGUUCGUGCGCUUUCGGCAUGGAUAUGGAUUCCAUUUCAAAUCCUAACUCGGAAUUCAGGAAAAUUGGAAUAGAGAUAUUUAAACUUAAGAAUUCUACCAGGAUAAAACUGGCACUUGUGAAUACUUUUCCGGAUAUUAUGAAACUGUUCUCACCCAGGUUUACUCCAAAAUCUGUUGAAAAAUUUAUCUUGAGAGCGGUGAGUGGUACCAUAGAGCACAGACUUAGAUACGGUAUCAAAAGAAAAGAUUUCAUUGAUCUUUUAAUGAUUUUGAAGUACAUGAAUGGAGAUAAAAAAAAAUCUGACGACAUUCCAAAGCUGAACUUGAAUGAUAUGACAAUGGAGAUGAUGGCUGCUCAGUGUUUCGUCUUCUUCACUGCAGGGUUCGAGACAUCAGGUUCCGUGCAAAGCUGUUGUCUUUACGAGCUAGCUUUGAACCAGAACAUUCAGAACCGUGUGCAGAAGGAAAUUGACCACAUGACUGAGCACUAUGGUGGAUUAACGUAUGAAGCUGUUCACAAGAUGGUUUUUCUGGAUAUGGUUAUAGCGGAAACUAUGCGGAAAUACCCGACUCUUCCUUCUCUUACCAGGUUCAGUACUGAACGAACCGUUCUCCCAUCAGGUCACGUUAUCGAUAAAGGAGUAAGAGUGCUUAUUCCGGUUUGGGCUCUUCACAGAGAUCCGCUACUAUUUCCAGAGCCAGAAAAAUUCGAUCCAGAGAGAUUCUCCGAUGGCAACAUGGCAUUAAUAAAACCUUUCUCAUAUUUGCCCUUUGGGGAAGGACCCAGGAUGUGUAUAGGUAAGAGAUUUGGUUUAUUGCAGACGAAGAUGGGGUUGAUAACCGUAUUGAAGAAGUAUCGUGUUGAACCAACCAGCAAAACGGAGAUACCUCUUGAUUUCUCACCAAAAUGUAUACUUAUCACUGCUACAGAAGGACCAAUUCACCUUAGAUUAGUCGAAAGAACGGAUCACUGUCCUUCGUAGACUGUUUUUUUUUUUUUAUAUUAUAUUAACACUGUUUAAUAUAGUAAAUCAUUGUAUGUAAAAAGGUAAAAUUCGAAAAUCAUUUGUUUUUAUUGACAAUUUAUAUUUUUUAAAUAAAUUUCUAUUAUGUCAAUUUCGAACUUGUUUAUCGAUGAAAAAACAUAUUAAGAGCAUCAAAUAAAACAAACUCUUUUAUGUAUAUAUAAAUACUUAUGCUAAUUUCAUACUGUUCUGGUAUUAUAGAGGUAUAAUUCAUCAAAAUGGUUU